AUGAACUCUUUUCAAUUAAGAUCAAGGUUAGAUGAUUUAGAAGGAUAAUUUAAAUAAUCUAAAAUUAUUAUCAAACAGAGGGAAUAAUAAAUUCAAUUAUUGAAAUCAUUAUUAGAUAAUUAAAAGUAACACCUAUUAAAAAGAAAAGGAAAAUACUAAAACAAUAAGCCAGUAAGUAAUAGUAAUAAUCAAGAAAAUAUGAAAAUUUCGGAAUAUUAAUUCAUUAUUGAAUAAUUGACAGAGGAAAUUGAAAAAAUGAAAAGGAACCCACAAGGAUUAGGUGAAGAUUUAACCGAAUUACUUACUUAAAUUACGAGUGUGUUCUUAAAAAAGAUCAAUUAACUAUCUCUUCUGUUCUUGAUUAAAUUACACUAUUUUAAAAGAAAAUAAGAGUCUAACAAUAAGAAAAGAAGAUGGUGA